CUGUCAGGAGCCAAGAUGGGCAGAGGAUCACCAAUUCCCCCAAUGCUGCGGCAAAAAAUAGUGGAGCAAUUUCAGAAAGGAACUUCUCGGAGAAAAAUUGCAAAGAGUUUGAAGUUAUCAUCAUCUACAGUGCAUAAUAUAAUUUUAAGAUUCAGAGAAUCUGGAACAAUCUCUGUGCGUAAAGGUCAAGGCCGGAAAAAAAGACUGGAUGCCUUUGAUCUUUGGGCUCUUAGACGGCACUGCAAAGACAGUGAAGGUACAUUUUCUGAUAAAGAGGAAGAUGAUUCCAAGGAGGAAGAAAAAUCUCCUCCUCAGAAGAAAUCUUCAACCACAAAGUCUACAAAGAAAUCAGAAAAGUCCGAACAGACUGCAUCAGAUGAAAGUGACCAAGACGUUCAUGAAAAUAAGAAUGCAAAAAAGACAAAAAAGAAACCUGCAACAAAGAGGAAAGCUCCAGCAAAGCCUGUCCCAAAAACCAAGAAAGCUGACAGCAGCAGCAACCGAGGGAAAAAGAAAGCAAGCAAGAGCAAGGAUGAAAGUGAAAGCUCUGAUGAUGAUCAGCCAUUGAUCAAGAUGGUUAAAAAAUACCCACCAACUCAAGAACAGUUAAAGGAGACAAUCAAGGAUCUCUUGAAAGAUGCCAACUUGGAGGAAGUUACGAUGAACCAGAUUACCCGAAAAGUUCAUGACAAGUAUCCUGACUUUGAUCUGAGCAGCAGAAAGGAAUUCAUCCGGGAGACAGUUAAAGGUUUGAUAUCCUGAAGUGAUGAAAAUGCCUUGUUUAAAAGGACAGUGAGGAUAAAGAUCUUUAUUACUCGAAACUCGAAUUUUAUUACACUGUUCAUUAUUGUGUAGUUAUUAUUUUUAUUUUAUAUAAGGUUUCUCAACUCUCUAGCAAAUUCUACUUUUUUGUAUUUAAAAAAAUAUAUAUUUUCUAAAGAUUAUUAUUUAUUUUUUUUUACGGUGAAUGAUGUGGAUGGUUUUGGUUGUUGAAACAUGCCACAUUUAGAAAUUGUUUGGCUUGUUAUUGUAUUGCAGAACAAUAUAAUAAUAAUAUUUUGGCAGUGUCAGCUUCCAUUUCAGUGUUAUGCUUUAAUUCUAAUUUGAAAAGAGCAAUUUUUUAAAAAUCUUU